AUGGGAUUCCUAGACAAAGUUAAGGAUUUCGCCAGCAGUGGUGGCGACAGCAACAGCAACAGCAACAGCAACAGCAACAGCAGCAACAACAACAAUAGUUCUCAAGGAAAUAAUGAUUUUUUUUCCAAAGCUGAGAAUAUGUUGGGUCAAGAACGUGUGAGCCAGAUCAAGAACAAGAUCGGCAGCGACAACUAUGACAAGCUUGAGUCCGGGGUGAGAAAUCAGUUCUCCAAGACCUCGAUCAAAGAUGACAGCAACGACAAUUCGGAUAACUACAACUCUUAUGGAAACGACACGAGCAGCAACUCUUACGGCCAGGGAUCUAGCAAUAAUGAUUCGUACGGACAGGGAUCUUACAACAACGAUUCCUAUGGGGACAGUAAGAAGAAGAACAACAACAACAACAACAACAACAACAACAACGAUUCAUACGGCCAGGGAUCUUACGGGGACAGUAAGAAGAACAACGACUCCUACGGUAAAGGCUCAAAAAAGGACGACAAGAAGAAGAAAAACGAUUCUUAUGGACAAAGCUCCUACAAUGACGAUUCCUACGGAAACAGUAGCAGCUCUUACGGAAAAGACUCUUCGAGCAAUGAUACUUACGGUAGCAAGAAGAAUAACGAGUCGUACGGACAGGGUUCUUACGACAACAACACCUACGGUAGCAAGAAGAAUGACUACUCGUACGGGCAAAGCUCUUACGACAAUGAUUCCUACGGCAGUAAGAAGAACGACGACUCCUAUGGAGACAGCAAGAAGAACAGCAGCUCUUACGGACAGGGUUCUUACGACAACGAAUCCUACGGUAAGAACUCAAAGAAAGACGACAAGAAGAAACAAAACGAUUCUUACGGUCAGAGUUCUUACAACGAUGACUCCUACGGAAAGGACAGCAACUCUUACGGACAAAACUUCUCGAAUAAUGAUACCUACGGCAGUCAGAAGAAAAACGACUCCUACGGACAAAGCUCUUAUGACAACGACACCUACGGAGACAGCAAGAAGAACAGCAGUUCCUACGGACAGGGUUCCUACAAUAAUGAUUCCUACGGCAACAAGAAGAACAACGACUCCUACGGCCAAGACUCAAAGAAGCACGACAGGAAGAAAAAACACGAUUCUUAUGGUCAGGGUUCCUACGACAAUGACUCCUACAGCAGCAAGAAGAACAACGACUUCUAUGGCAGUAAGAAGAAUGACGACUCCUACGGACAAAGCUCUUCAAACAACGACUCUUACGGCAAUAAGAAGAACAAUGACUCCUACGGACAGGGUUCCUACGACAACGACUCUUCUUACGGCAGUAAGAAGAACAACGACUCCUACGGAUUAAGCUCUUCGAACAACGACUCCUACGGCAGCAAGAAGAAGAACGAUUCCUACGGGCAAAGCUCCUACGAUGACGACUCCUACGGCAGUAAAAAGAACAAUGAUUCCUAUGGACAAAACACCAACUCCUACGGACAAAGUUCAUACGGUACCAGGAGCGACACUUAUGGACAAACAUCCAAUGAUACCUAUGGCCAGAGCUCCUAUGGAAGUGACAACAAGAAAAACAGUUCUUAUGGCCAAAACGCUUAUGGAAAUAACGAUUCGGAUUCUUACGGCCAGAGCUCUUACGGAAACAACGACAGAAAAAACAACAACUACGGUGAGAGCUCUUACGGCAACGACAACACUAACUCUGACUCCUACGGCCAGAGCUCUUAUGGCAACAAUUCAAGAAAGAACGAUUCGUACGGUCAAAGCUCUUACGGCAACAACAACAACAACAACAACAACAACAACUCGAAAUCCUACGGCGGUGCCAAUUCCUCUUACUAUAACUGA